CAUAAUAUGUAGCAAAUUGAUAGGAGAUUGUAUUUUCCUCGGAAAGAGAAUUUUUUAAAAGCAAUGGAAAGUUUACCAGUCGAAUUGAUAGAAAAUAUCUUAAUAUAUCCGAAACUCUCCGUUGAAGAUCUGGUAAACGUCUCCAUGACAUGCCAGCAGUUGCAUAGGACUAUAACCAACAAUAACAGAAUAUGGAAAAAGAAAUUGUUUCAGAAGUGGCCAGAAUUGGAGAAAGUGUUAGACAAUCGGCAGCUAAUAUAUCAACAUGAAGUGCGUUAUAUUUACGAAUUAAAAAAGCGAACCAGGACUAUGCUGGAGAAGAUGCCACCAAGGUUUUAUAAAAAAUAUGAAAUAUCAGAAUCAGAUUUGCACGAAUGGAAUAUUGUCUUGGGCGAGAGAGAAGAAGUUUAUAAUUAUUUGGUGUUGGACUUGAUGGAGAUUGUCAAUACUGAGGAACCUAUUCACAGUAUCGAAGUUGUCCCACUGAAUACCCUAGGCAAUUUGACUCUCCGAUACUAUGCAGGCAAAGUGUUGCGCUACAUCCGUCAAAUCCAUCUCGCGAAAGUGUGGAAGAAUUACAUAUCUCAGUCCCCUCAGAGGCAAAUUUUAGAAGUAGGCGCUGCCUUUGUAGCCCAGUGGUGCCAGCCGAACAUAGAAAUUCAACCAGAAGAAAUAUCUGGAAGGUUGGAUCAAAUCUCUCUGGAGGUUAUGGAACAUUUAAAGAUUAUGUAUCCGAAGCAUCCCCUCUUUAAAGCUACGGCCCAACAGCUCGCCCUCUGGCGGGUCGAAAUUCGUCCUAAAAAUCAGUGGGAAGAUGAGGACUGCAGGCAAAUUAUCACCACCAUGAGAGAGGUAAUUUUCCAAAAGAUGGGGUUUUCCGGCUACGCUCACGCAUUGCCGCCAUACAGCGUCCCGCAAGACUCCUACAUCAACGUCGUACUUGAGACCCGUAGAGGUUUGGCAAUAACUUUGGCCAUUAUUUUCGAAGCGGUGGCCAGACGACUGGGACUGCGCUGCGAGCCCAUCAUUUUCCCAUCCCAUUUUUUGUUGAGGUUUUGCGAGGGAGUCGACCCGGACUCCGAUUGGUACUACAUUGAUGUCUUUAACGGAGGUCAGAUUGUGAGAAAGGGUUCGUGUCCCCAUAGUAGAUUUUCUGGUACGCGAAACAUGUUCCCAAUGGCCACGGCGGAACAGGUUAUUGAGAGGAUAGCCAACGACCUGGAAGUGUUGGCAAGGCAAGCUCACCAUCCGAACGGUCGAAUAACUAGACUCAGGUCCAGUUUAGAAAUGCUCAAGCUGGUUAACCCAAAGGAUAUUUCCGCUCUGGUCAGUUUGGCCAGGCUUUAUAUGCUUCACAAUAUGGACACGAAGCCGCUGGAGAAGUUUCUGUUGAUGCAACAAUUUGAGGUGCCCGAACAGGCACAAAGGGUGGUGCACAUGUUGCGCGAUUACCAGGCGCAUCACUCAACGAAAGACGAGAACCUUUUCGGGCAGGUUGAGUCAGCGCAACGGACCAAGAAUAUCAAGUACGCAGUUGGUAUGGUCAUGGAACACCAGACGUUGAGCUACAAGUGUGUUAUAUGUGACUGGGAUCCUGUUUGCUUGGCCGCCGUCGAGUGGCAGGUGCAAAACAAUGUCGACAGGCUUCUUUUAAAAGAUGACCAGCCAUUCUACAACGUGUUAGUCGAAGAUGGCUCUCAUAGAUAUGUCGCUCAAGAGAAUUUGAAACCUACGACGAGCAAGGGAGCGCUACACCUAAACGAUGACGUAGGCAGACAUUUCUCGCAUUUUUUCCAGACUCAUUAUGUACCUAACGCGGAAAAGGAGAAAGAGUACCCGGAAGACCAAAGAGUACGGUUCCGGUUUCAUCAUGAACGCGUUCUCGAAUUCUACGAAUUCGAAUAGAAGUGUCGGCAUAUAUAUUUCCACAUUUAUGUUUCCUUGGGUUGGUGAAUGUUUUUUUAUGAUUUUGCGUCUGUAGACGUGUUGCAGUACUGACACCUUACCGAUGCAAUCGAGGGGUCGUACUGAAUAGGGUAGCGGUGUUGCCUGUUUUAAAACAAACCGAAUUACCAGGGUAACAGCUGUUUAAUUCGCUUAUAUUCAAUAAAUUUUUUGAAUGACGAAAAUUUUACAAAUCAUGGCGGCACUCUACUCUGGUUUUGUUGUACAUUUGUACAUUUUUCAUUAUUAUUGCGGGGUAUUUCGAGUAUUAUUAGAGAUAGAGCGAUGCAUUUUGCGUGAAACAAAAGAUGCCUUUUUCAAACUAGCCCGAGCUAGCAUUUUUUUUUUUUUUGAGGUACAGGGAGACACAAAAUUUGGUCAUUUCAGUUAGUUAUCCUUUGUAUUUUAAACAACCUGUGUCAGUAUGAGAGGACGAAAACGAAAUCUUAUAGAUUUUUUACCCAAAACUCCAGGGGCGUACUCAGAUUUUUUGUACAAAAUACAAUUUUUGAAUGGAUACAGUGGGGUAAAUCAAAAUACAUUAAUUCAGUUUAUUUUUUUUUUAGUUUUUUAAAGAAAUUAACGCACCUAAGUAUUAAACUGUGAAGAGAUCUGUGUUAGUUUUUAUUUUAUUUAACUCUCUUAUUAAAAAUAUCUCAUCUUAGGAUCUUAUGUUGACUCUCAGAAGAUGAAGCCUCAGCCUAAAUGAAGACUAUUGGAGAGAGACACGCUGAGUCUAUGACAAGGUUUUAAUAAAUAAUGGCCAAAUCUGUUAUAGCUACCAGAACUAUUUACAAAGCUUCUAGGUUCAUCCUGGGUUGGUUGUUUUUGAGUCGAACUUGCUAACUUUGUGGCAAUCAUCCUGUUGGUUUCUUCAUAGCUUGACUGAAACUGUUUUAGUUAAGCUGUAUUAGUAUCUGAAGAAGCCAACAGGAUGAUUGACGAAACGUUAGAAAGUUUCAACAACCGACGCAUGAGGAAUCCAGAAUUUUUAUAAAUAGAAUUACAGUAGUCUGUGGAAGUGUCUUUGAAAACAAAUUAUGAUCAGAAUUUUUUUUAGUAUGCAUGCACGAUUUUUAUAAAUAUGAAGCGGCUGUUGAUGCAACCCAACACAUGGCAAUGGCAUAAACCAUGGCUAAGAAUGAUCACGAUAGCCAAUUGUAGCAAUAAUUCUUAUUGCUUGUUUUUGCAAUUUAAAAAUAACACACAAAGGCGAAGAAUGACCCCACAGGACCGCUCCAUAACUUAUACUAUAAUUAGGUGCUUGACAUCAAUCAAUCCUCUUAGUCGUUUCAGAACGAAUAGUCUACUGGUAAAUUUUGCUUUCAAUUCACCAACAUGUUCUGACCAAUUUGGUCUGUCAUCGUUAAUGACACCAGGUAGUGUAGCUGAACUACCAUUUGUAAUAGCUCUAUUAGUUGAAAUCGUCAUGUCUUGGGUCCUGUCAAGUUUCAUUUUUUAAGGCGUUAAUUGCGUUGUUAUUAUUUUCCACAACCAGCGAGACAUUUGUCACAUAAUUUACAGAUUAUCGAAUAUUUUUAAAAAUAAGUAUAAAUAUUUAAACUUGUUCUUUGUUGGCUUCCAUUAAAUUCUAUAAUAUGUUUUUAAAAAAGAGUAUUAUUCAUGCUUUCUGAUCAACGGCAUUUGAUAUUCUAAUUUUAAAACCAAUUAUACAAUAACCAUGGAAAAAUGUUUAGUAUUUGUUGUAUUCUGCUGUUUGUAUCAUAUUCAUAGUGAUAAUAACAAUAAUAAUAUUAUUAAGUGGGAUAAAAUUAGGAUAAAAUAAAGGUAUAUUUUCUAAAAUAUCAAAACACAUAUACAUAAAGUUUUCAAUUCCCAGGACAAAAAAGUUUUUGAUACUUCGGUGCCUAAUAGUUCCCGGUACCAGUCCCGACAAUAAAAAUGGUGUUAUAUAUAGCGAAGGUUGUAUAUAAGCAACUCAUUUGAAUCAAUUUCAAUAAAAAAGUUUUUUUAUUGGGAGAAGUUGCUUAGAGUAUAAAAAUACUUACUGUCUGGAAAAUGUUUUAUUUUGCAAAAGAAAACAUUUUAUUGUUAUUAUCAUAUAAGUGUAGUUAUUAAUUAUACUAAAGAAAAAAAUGAACAUUUAAAUUUUAAUAAAUCAACAUUAGUACAGCACUAAUUGCCAAAAUAAUCAAAAACAAUGACUUGUUUUGUAACAAAAGAACGUCACUGCAGGGGUAAGUCUUUUUCUUUUGCCCAUUCUAUCACCAAAUUAAGAGAAUUUAUGACAUCAUUGUUGUUUGUAUUGGAGUCAUCCGACUUUUCUUCAUUUUCUUCAACAGGAGUAGUUUCACUUUCUAGUUCAGGAUUUUCUCCAAAGUUCGCUUGUUCCGCUUGGCCACUCCAUAAUUUCAGUAUAUGUUAAAUUACAAUCAUUAAAUAUCGAAUUGUACAAUCUUGCCAAGGGAAUAUCGUCUUCAAGUUUAUAAGAAAGAAUGUUGUAUUGAACUUCAUCACUUGACGAAAAAAGAUGUUUAAAUGAAUUUUGUAUAACUGACACAGAAAUUUCAUUCAUGCCUGCACCACUAAAAUUCACCAAACAUUUUUCAAAUUUAUAUUUUUCUGUGCUGAGACUAUUCCACCUUAUGCAGUCUUGUAUCUAAGGCUGCAAAACAUGCAAGUAUAUGCUUGCGAUAGCGUCGGUUUUGUGAUCUUAUCACAUUUUGAUCUAGUGGUUGCAAUAAUGGUGUGUUAGUAAGGGAAAAAAUAUAAUUUUGAAAUUCGUGGCAAGUUGCAUUAUCUACUAAAAUAACGGCUUUUACGGGAGGUUUUUAGUGUCGAGUUACUGAACGUAUGAAUAUAUCAUUAUACCAGUCGCAAAAAAGUGUAUAAGUUUUUUUUAUAUUUUUGAAGCAACUUGGAAAUUUCGAUUUACAUAUCAUUAUCAAAUCUAAUUUGUGAUUUUGGGCAAGCUUUUAUAGACGAGACAACUUUCGUGCUAAUUACAUAUUUGUUUGAAUUAGCCAGCUCCACAUUGCAAGAGAUACCGUAGCGUUUUUGAAAUUCUUAUAUAGAGUGUUCAUUGUAUUUAUAUAUGCGCAAAAAUAAACAAAAGAAACAAAAUAGCAAGAACGGUCUCUUCAAUAAAGGUACAAAUAAAGAUAAUAUAAAACGCUAUUAUAUUUGAGGCACAUACGAGCGAUUUGUAGCAAAUGAUACAGCUGUUGAAAAUGAUUUUUAUGAUUGAAAACUUGUGGAUGAUAUGGUUAUUAAAUAUUCAUGAGUUAAUUGCAGAUUCCGGCCAAGAAAACCACCAAUAUAUCUCAGGAACCUCUUCAAUACUGCUGCCAGUGCUGUCAGCUUGUUAUGAUUAUUUGGAAAUUUCGAGAUUUUUUAAUUUUUUUAAAUUUCAAGCGCAAUCAAUUUUUAAAAAAAUAUACCGGAUGAUGCCAUUAAAAAAAACGGAACUUUAGCUCGCAUCCUAAAAAUUAUAGUUUUUACAAAAAAAAUCUAGACUAGAUUCCACGUAAAACGAUCUAUAAAAUUCUAGUAUUAUAAUUACGUAAGUGGCCAAAUUUUAUAUUUCUCCCUAUAUCUCAAAAACAAAGGCAGCUGGGAUUGUUUUGACAAAGGCAUCGUUUGUUUUCAAGAAAAUUGAGCAAAGUAUCGCGAAAAUAUCGUCACAAAUAGUAGCUGAGAUACCCCGCAAAACAACGAAAAGUGGACACACUGUACACUCUAGAAAUUAUUCUGGAGUUCAUCAUGUUUUUUAUGAAUUGCUUAAGAGGGAUUUUAUAUGGUUGGCAAAUGGUUUGCCACCCAUUUUACUGAAUUUGUGUACAUCUCACUUCGUGCAUGAUUUCUUUUAUGGGGUGCUUUGCGUUAGUCCUUGUACGUUGUGAACAAGCCUCCAGCAUUCAAGUGCAACAUUUUUAAUCCGUACAUUCAUUGUAUUGCAGAGUGGUAUACAGGGUGGGUCAAAAUUGUGAGACAAAUUCCUUGUGAAAAUAUUGCAUAAAAUUAGUUUAACUUUUAUACUUAAGAUUUUUUCAAUUGUCAAUGAACAUAGAGAAAAGAGUUAUUUUGCAAAUUACAAUUGUUAUCAAAAAUAAACAAGAGAGAAAAAAUUAUCCAAAGUAGGUUUUUUUUUAACGAAAUGAAACCAUCGGGGUACAUGAUGAAAAUUUAGAGGCAGGGGGGAGGUGACACUUAGUUUUUCCGCCAUUUUGCAUAUGAAGACAAAAUAUACGAAAAUGUGUGAAAUUUAUAAAUAAAAAUGAAAAAUGAAGAAUCGCAUUAACGGGUUAACGGGUUGCCCUAUCUGUUCGACUGACAGACCCUGUUAUAAAGUAAUAGAUAUCUAUAUAUAUAUAUAUAUAUAUAUAUAUAUAUAUAUAUAUAUAUAUAUAUAUAUAUAUAUAUAUAUAUAUAAAUUAAACUUUCAAUUAACAAGAGUAAAGCGUAUUAAACUGGAAAAUAAAAAAUACAAAACCAGGGCGGCUCAAAAUUUCUGGAUGUCACUCCAAAAUCUUUGAAUAGUUUCAACCCUGAUCCAUCAUUCUUUUGUCGUUUUCUAGGACCUUCUGGUCAUAGAGUUUUUAUAAGCCUUCCACAAAAUUCUACUGGUAUUGUUUCCCAAUUUGCCUUAAUUUUUUUUGCUUAUUUCUUGUUUUAUUCUUGCCAUAAGUUCAAAGAUUCUUAAUAGGAUUGAUAUCUGGAGAUUGGGACCACGAAAGGAAAUGUAUUGCUUUUCUAGAAGUAUGUUUUUGAUCAUUAUCCUAUUGAUACUUCCAUAUAAAGAGCAUAUUAUCCUAUGCAAAUGGUAACAUAAUCUCGGUAACCUCCUUCCUCCAGUCAAUUGGUCCUACUCCAUAGCAAGCAACUUCAGAUAAGUAGCCUUCUAACAUAUCGCCUGCCAUGAGACCCUAUUAAAUUUAAUUUUAAAUUUAAAUUAAAUUUCUUACUUCCCGCUUUACCAUUCCAAUUGAAAUGAUUUUGAGCAACUUUUCUUGUUGCUCUGCCAUGCAGGACUCGCCAGUUCAGUUUUAAUGGCAGUAGAUGACAGGUCGUUUUUAGAAGUUCGAACAAUGUCUUCAUAACAGGUUGUUUUGGUUAGUUGUAUUUCAAAAAAAUAUGACGCAAACUUUUAUGGAAAAUUUAAACUGGCCCCAUUUCUAUUUCCUGUAUGUAUAGGGUGGGCCAAAUUGGACACAUUUGAAGGAAAUACUAAUAUUAUUGCGCAGAAUUUAAUUGCUUAAAUAUGUAUAUUUUUAAUACUAAUAUUUCAUUAGUUAUCAACCGGUUUUUAUAUGGGUCACCCUGUAUAUUUGUUGGGUCAUUAAAAGGAACUUAAAAUCGCCUUUUCAAAAAUAUACCAUACUUGAUAUUCUUCAAAGAAACAGAAGUUUUGAACUUUGAAGAACUAGGCUGUUUGGCCAAAUUCUGAUUUUUAACUAGGUUUUAGUUUAAUGUUUGAAAUGAAUUUCGAAAAAUCUGUAAACUAACAUCUAACGUUCGUUCUUCUCAGUCUUUAGCUUUUAUGUUGACGUUGUAAAAUUAUUUUUAAAGGCGCCGGAUGUCCCAUAGAAAAAAUCUUUUUUUUGUUGAUAACUAAUUAAAUAUUAGUUUUAAAAAACAAAUAUUUGCAGCAUUUUUUUAUAAACCACCAAAACCACCCUAUAAUUCUGAAACGAUCUAGAUAGCAGUGCGGUUUUUACCAUUAAGUGUUUUAUGAAAAUUGCUUUCUAGACACCGGUAUUAAGUAGUUUUCUCCGAUUUUCUCUAUAUGGGGCAGUUUUCCAUGAAAAGUAUCCAGUUUGACCCACUCUGUACAGUGUGUCCCAUUUUUCAUGGUUUUACGCAUAUAGCUAUUAGAUGAUACGGUAAAAAUUGAUGCAUUUAAGGUGGCUAUGGGAUAAUCUUCCGUCCCUGCCCCUAAAGCAACGUACAUUUUGCUCCAUUUUGUUAAAAUUUGUCUUUGAAUUUAACAAUUGAGUAGAAACAGGGAACGAGUAGGUACUCAGCUACUCCUCAACUUUCUAAAUCUUACGUUGAAAUUCAGAUUGUACAAGUUAAAGUCAAUAGACGUUUCAAAUUCAAGACAUGUUCUGCCAAAGAUGCUCAUAAUUAUGAUUAUGGUAAUUUUUAGACUCCAGUGACCUUAAAACUGAGCAUUGUGGCACUUGCUGCAGUUGAUAGCUCUCCUUAUUACUCAACACAUUGUAUUGUACAUGAUAAAUACUUAAUACUUUUGCUCUUGAGAGACAGUUUUGUUUGAGUGAUUGUAUCACUAGUAGCUAUAUGAUUUUACGGACCUUAUAUAUAUAAAAAUAUGCGUGUUGUGCUUUUCGAAACCCAAGGCUUCUUUUUCAUUGAAUGAUGGUAGAAAUCUUGUUUUUUUUGCAUUUGCAUUUUUGGCCACCGCGUUAACUUAUCGAAAAGGUAAAAACUAGUAAGGUUAGGGCUUUUUUACGUAGGACCCAGUGCCGUAGUAGUUUUGUAUUAUUUGAUAUGCAAACUAUACAUGUCCAUUUUUAUGUCUUGUAAUAAUUUCAUUGGACUUAUUUCGAUUUUUAAAAUAAUAUGGAACACGAGGUUUUUUUUUUAUUUUUUUCAUGCGUACUUAUCGACAAAGUGAUCUUGAUAGGGCUACGUAGGACCCAGUGACGUAGUCAAUUUUUUUCGGAUACAAAUUUUGAUGGACAAACUAAACUUCCCUUUUUUUAAUUGCAAUAGCCUUUAUGUCUCUUGAGCAUUUCAUUAGGCUAUAUGAGGUUUUCAAAAGUAUGGAACACAUGUGCCGUAUUUCAAAAACAAUGCAUAUAUCUCUAAGCUUGAAGGCCAUGGAAAAAAGGUGUCUGUUUGCCUAAUGUACUUUAGUUUUCAAACAGUCGUAACAUUUGGAAUUUAUUAUUUUCAUUUCUUAACGGGGACAGUCGGUACAUUCUUAAUAAACCGGGCUGCUCAGAAAAGCCGUUCUGCUGGUAUUAAAUACUCUCGGUAGUGGUGUACGUGUUAUAAAUAAACAAAAAAUCGGAUUAAAGAAGUUGCACUGUAUUUCUGUCGAUUAUCCGUGUUGAUAAGAAGUAGGUCAAAUGUAUUAACAAUUCUUCUGAUAAGGUUAUUAAAGUUAUAAUUUUAAUCCGAUUAAUACUAAAAUAAAAUUUCACGACAUUGUAAUUAAUGUGCCAAGAUUUACAAGAGUUAAAAUUAAGUGUAUCAAUGGUAUCAAAUGUUUUUGAAAAAUUGUCCCCACCGAAACCAGUGUUUACCCCGCCUUUAAGAAAAGGCGAAGAUUCGUUGAGAAAGAAAAAAGAGUGACGUUAAAAAUUUGUCCCUCGUUUUUUGUUGGUAUUAUAAAGCACUGUUUACCAACGUGUCUGUAUUGCGCUAUACAUACUCACUAAAUAAGAUGUUGGUGUGCUACUUUCCGGGACCACACGCAUCAGUGGCGUUAAUUCAUUAAUUAUUUAUUACUUUUCCUCUAUUCGCAAAGUUAUUAUUAUUCAAAAGACAUACCGGCGCUAUGUCGGUGGUGAGAUCAGUUGCACUUUGCAUUUAUUUGAUAAAAGAAAGUUGGUUCGAUAAGGAGACGACUUAUUGUGAUAUAAGUGUGACUUAAAUGUACAGCCGCUUAAAAUUUUGUUAAGUAUUGAUGGAUUUGUUUGUCCUCAUGUCAUUUGAGUUAAUAAAACUAGUCGUUACUAGAGGUAACUUUGUAUUAAUUGCUGCGUUAGAACUCGCAUCCUACCUACAUAUUUUUUAAUUGGAAGCCCUGUAAAUAUUU